CGUCCAGGCCCGCUCCCCGCGCCAUGAUGCAUGAUGGGAUACCUGCUGGGUCUGGUUGCGGACGCGGCCGGCCUGCAGCUCAGGUUUCACCCCUCCGGUCUGGCAGGACCACAUCACUGCGGAGCGGUGAGCUCGCCUGUGGCUGCGCUGUAAAAAGGUACUGGUUGUGUCCAGUCCUCAGCAUGCCGGCGUCCAACCAGGGCUGGCCCGAGGACUUCGGCUUCCAGCUGGGCGGAAGUGGACCCAGCUACAUCCUGUGGGUGGAGGAGGGCAGCAGCGCCCACCUGGCCGGGCUGCAGGCGGGGGACCAGGUCCUGGAGAUCGAGGGCCAUAACGUGUCCACUCUGGCCCCGCAGGCCGUCAUCGCCAUCGCACAGACGCAGAAGAACAUCCCGCCCAGCAUCGGCGUGGUGUCCCGCAUCCAGCAGAUGGACAUCGUUCCGGGUCCGGACAGUCGUUUUGGCUUCACCAUCGUGGGAGACUGCCCCCUGCUGGUGGAGGACUGCUCACCGUGCUCCCCCGCCGGCCGGGCCGGGCUGCGGGCCGGCGACUUCGUCAUGGAGGUGAACGGCAUCCCCGUCAGGCACCACGAGAUGGCCGCCGCGCUCAUCAAGGCGUCGCAGGGCCGGACGCUGCGCCUGGGCGUGCUGAGCCUGGGGCCGCACCACAAACGCAGCACCAGCCUGGAGGACGGCCCGGCGGGCGGCGAGUGGGCCCGGCUGGACCGCAAGCACAAGGCUCUGGAGUUCAACAUGAAGGUGGAGCAGCUGCUGGGCGAGGCCCCGGAGGUGAAGGAGAAGCUGUUCUCGGUGCUGAAGCAGUACGCAGCGGAGAAGAAGGUGGAGUGGCUGGCCUCGGCGCUGCCGGAGGUCCUCACCACCGCAGAGCAGCGGCAGCUCAUCUCCAGCAUCAGAAUCUUCGUCCCCAAGAAGCACCGGCAGCGUUUCGACGAGGCCGUCUCCCAGAACGUCAUCAACCGGCUCUGCCGCUCCAAGAGCAUCAGCGAGCCGCAGGGCCGCAUGCGCCGCAGCCGCAGCGAGGACCAGUCCGACCGCCGCCACGGCUCCAAGCGGGCCAGCUCCGUGCCCAGGGACGGCGGAGAGCCGGAGAGGGAGCGGGGCGCCCGGAAGGCCGGGGGCCCCGCUCACCCCCCGCUGGGGCCCAACCAGAGGGUGAUCCGAGUCUACAGAGGGAAGAAGAGCUUCGGCUUCACGCUGCGAGGCCACGCCCCCGUCUGCAUCGACGCCGUCAUCCCAGGUACCGCUUCCAACUCAGCAUCCGGGUCCUCCAUCUUGUCCUCCUGCAGGAGCUGCUCCCAUGAGAAGGUGGUGUCCAUGCUGCAGGGCAGCGGGGCGGUGCCCACCCUGGUGGUGGAGGACGGCCCGUCAGACUUCUCCUCGGACCAGACCGACCCAGAAGAGUCCCCCAGUCUGGCACCCGCCAUGGUUCCGUCCCCGGCGCUCAGCUCCCUGCAGUGGGUGGCAGAGAUCCUCCCUCCCAGCAUUAAGGUUCAGGGUCGAACCUUCAGCCAGCAGCUGGAGCACCUGCUGACCAUCCAGGAGCGCUACACCGUCUGCAAGGCCCUGGAGACUUUCUUCCAGCACAGGAACCUGGACAGCCUGAUAGUGGACGUCUUCCCGGUGCUGGACACUCCAGCCAAGCAGCUGAUCUGGCAGUUCAUCCACCAGCUGCUGACCUACGACGAGCAGGAGCGCUGCCAGAGCAAGCUGUCUCGCUUCCUGGGCUUCAAGAGCAGCGCGCUGCUGGAUCCUGACGGCGCUCCGGAGCACCACAAGCGCAGCAGCUCCAUGCGGGUGACCGGAUCGUCGUACCGCAGCUGCGUCAGGGAGAGGAGUUCCGACGAUUGCAUCAUCGGAACUCACCUGGGAAUGGGAAUUCAUGUGGAUGAAUGUGGGAGCCCGGAGGAGAGGCAGUCCGGAGACGGGACCUCCUUCCCCGAGUCCCCGGACCUCAGCCAUAUGACAGGUGUUUACACGGAGCUGGAGAACCUGUACGCAGGGAAGAACGUGUCGCCCGCAGAGCCUGAGGCAGCGGGGCAGACCGAGGCCUACGGCCGCUCUCUGUCCCCCCUCACACUGCCCCCACUUACAGGUAGCAGGAAGUCGGGUCUGUCCCUGUCCUGGAAGGAGCCGCUCCCCUCCGCCGUCUACCAGGUGCAGCACCAGAGCAGCGUGGAGUCCAACCCCUACGUCAGCCUGGAGAGCCCCCCCGCCUCACCGCCACCGCCGCGCCCCACCAGCGGCCCCAACACGCUGACCCGCCGCAGGAAGUUAUUCACCUUCUCCAGGCCGCCCCGCAGCCGUGACACUGACAAGUUCCUGGACGCCCUGAGCGAGCAGCUGGGCCACCGGGUCACCCUGGUGGACGACAACGACUACGAGGAGAUUGAUGAAGGUGGUUGUCAUGGUUACAGAGGAAGAGGGUUGUCUAUGAGCUUCCCAGAGGAAGUGGGCGUGGCCUUCCGGCAGCGGCGCCUCAGCAGCGGCAGCAGCGCUGAGCGCAGCAGCAGCAGCGGCGACGAGGACGUCCCCUCGCCUUCGUCCUCCUCUGGGUCGGAGCCCAUCCCCCCUUGUGACUGGAACCGGUCUGUUUGCUUCCAGCUCAGAGAAAACUCGGACUAUGAUAAGCUCAGCGACAUGGUGAAGUACCUGGACCUGGACCUGCACUUUGGGACUCAGCGCCGACCCAAACCAGCAUUCCUGCCAGAGAACCUGAAGAAGAAAGACGUGGUGGAGAUCCUGUCCCACAAGAAGGCCUACAACGCCUCCAUCCUCAUGGCCCACCUGAAGCUGUCUCCUGACGAGCUGCGCCAGGUUCUGUUGGACCUGAGCACGGACCGGCUGGAACCGGCCCACAUCAAGCAGCUGCUGCUCUACGCGCCCGACCAGGACGAGGUCCAGCAGUACCAGCGCUUCCAGCAGGACCCGACUAAGCUCAGCGAGCCGGACCAGUUCAUCUUCCAGAUGCUGACGGUUCCGGAGUACAAGACCCGGCUGCGCAGCCUCCUGUUCAAAACCACGCUGCAGGAGCGGGCCGAGGAGAUGAAGGCGGCCUUUGACUAUAUCUACAAGGCCUCAGUGGAGCUGAAGAGCAGCAGGAAGCUGGCCAAGAUCCUGGAGUUUGUCCUGGCGAUGGGGAACUACCUGAACAACGGUCAGCCUAAGAGCCACAGAACGACGAGCUUCAAGAUCAACUUCCUGACGGAGUUAAGCACGACGAAGACUGUCGAUGGAAAAUCCACGUUUCUUCACAUUCUGGCCAAGUCGCUGAGUCAGCACUUCCCUGAGCUGCUGAGCUUCCCCAGAGAGCUGCUGACGGUUCCUCUGGCCGCUAAAGUCAACCAGAGGGCCGUCACCACGGAGCUGAGCGAGCUGCACGCCGCGGCCCAGGACAUCCGGACGGCCUGCCAGAAGCUGCCGGCUUCGGCCGACGAUCACUUCGCUUCCGUUAUGAGUGUGAGCAAAAACAAAGAUGAUUCAUUCAUUCAUUCAUUCAUUCAUUCAUUCAUUCAACUUCAUCCAUUCAUU